UAUUUAGAGCAGAAUCACAGUUUAUGAUACUAGACCUGGAGCUUCAGUUCAGUUCCCACAGAACAAUCAUGUUGCAUCAAGUCAACCUUGCUUUGCUUUUUUCUUUCACGAUUUUGAAUGACAAACUUCAGUAAUAGGCUCCUGUAAGGCCGUCUCCGCUGUGCUGGGAAAGAGACAAUUAUCUGAGCCAUCCUCGGUGUACGAUCACCUCAGCUCAUUUAGGUGUGCUCAGAAAGACAAAUAAUAAUCAUUCUUGCAGAAAGCUCUCGCAGGUUGAUUUUCAUGACAUGACACUUAAUGAUCAAACCAAACUGUGAUUAUUUAUGUCAACUCACAUUUGACUGCAGGGAAGGAAUAAACAGUUUUAUCUUUUCCCCUUGAAAUUUCUGUCUCCUAUCAGAGGUAUUUUAGCAAAGGGCUUGUGUUUUUGUACACGCAUCCAGCUGAAGUUAUGUGGAAGUUGACCACUUGUAAAUGGUUGUUUUUAAGGCAAAAUUUGCUCACAGAUGCUCACUUCUGCAUGUAAAAUUAUGUUUUGCAAGUUCAAACGUGGUCUCUUGGCAAACUCAGUUUCCAGCCUUAUUUCUUUGGUAGCUGCUGCUCUGAAGGGUGGUCACAACCAGUGGAGGGGCUGGGGCCAGCCCUGUGCAGCUGCUAAAAUAGGGCAUGAAAUUUGUCAUGGAAAAGGUUUUCAGGAACUAUGAUCUUUUUGUGACCAAAUACAAUAAAUAAUCCAUCUUUUUCUUAGUCCUAUUGGUAGGAAAAAUGGUAGCAAUUUCUACUGGUUUUCUUUCUUUUCAGGAACAUUUUUGCAGUUCUAGAGACAGUAAAUAAUUUCUGGACCAGUUUGGUUGUGAAUUAUUUUCUCUGUCCUGGAGAUAUUUUGCUCAGAAGGGCAAGCCAAACAGUUGUGAUCAGGCAGUGAUGGAUCUGCUCCUCAGUGGUGCACAUUCUUCUUGCUGCUGUCAGAAGCACCUCGGAGCCUUGCAGGUGCUUUCUCUGACUCUCCUGGUAGUUUAUCCACGUUCUUGCUUCCAGUUUGUUGCAUCAGAAGUGUUGGAAAAUGAGAUGUACUUCUUUACUGUUCUGGCACAUUGGUUUUAGCAUCUCUCACAGGGUCUGCUGGAGGCAUCUUCCACCAGUUCUUUAGCGUGUCCUUCCUCUGUUGGCUUUGGUCUAUGAGGUGGGCACAUGCACCCACCAUAAUUGUGGUGCAUCAAGACAGUCAAAGACAUGAGUCUCUGGGUUUAACCUGCUAACCAGUCUUUCCUGGUGGUCAUCCUUCUCCUCAUCUGCCUGCUGAGAUAAAUUAGCAUAAUGCUCCAUUUUCUCUAGUUGAGACUUGACCUCAAAUUUGGGUGGAAACUGAAAAUUAUUACAUCAGUUCUUUCUUCUUGAUUUAUCUCUGGUUAAAAGAGGUAUGUCCUUUUUAGUAGUGUAGCAUAUAAAAAUUGCAUGGUAUACCCUUGAGUGACUUGAGAGCUGUCUGGAGACUCUCACUCCUCUCUCUUCUUCAGAAGCAGCCUGUGCCAUGCGGUGGCUGCCUGGUGUAUGGUGUAUAAUCCAGCCUUGCCUGUUAGAUGUAAACACUUAUUUAGACCUUACCAUGCUUGUGGGCUUUUCUUACAGUGCUGAAAAUGAAAACCACACCAUGUUCAGUCUGUGUUGGAGCAGGAUCAUGUUAAAACCCAAAAGCAUUUCCUAGUGGUGUUGGGAAAGCUGUAGGUUUGUUUAGAUCUUUGGGGCUUUUACAGGGGAGUUGACAGAAGCUUUAUAAUGAGCCCCUGAGCCCUUUUGUCCCCUGGCAUAAUUCGAAGAUUUAGCAAAACAGAUUGAAAGAAGCUUCCAUGGACCAGCUGAAAUUUAUUUAAAUGUAAUCAAAAUGUCUGAAUCUGUCCUACUCCCGCCCAUGUGCUUGGGCGGCCCUCAGCGUGAAUAUAUCCCGUCAUGAUUGGAGCAGGGUCUGGUUAAUGAGUGGUUUGUCCUCCUUGGACAUGAGUGGGCAAGGAGUGCUAACCCACUGCUUUCUCUUGCCCUUUCCAAUUGGUGUUUUCCCUUACAUAUUGGAAGGGAAGGGAUCUUCCUUCUUUUUUUUGAUUUGGGGUAGUUACUGAAUUCAAACAGGUUCUUCCUUGAAUAUAAAGCACCUUACUUUAAGGUAAACUAUCCUGCACAGAGGCAUUUGCCUCACGUGUGCACAUGGUGAGUUAGUGUGGAGUAGGAAGAGUGCUUGGGACACUCAGCAUGGCUUUCCAUACCCCAUCUCACCUGGAUAAGGGUGAGAGGAGGAGCACAAAGGGAGGGAGGGAUGUGCUGGUGGACAGGUUAGUGGCAUGUAAACCCUGGAACGUGUCGCUUUGCAGGUGGAAAUACUUAUAAGACAACUCAUCAUAAAAUCUCCAAGGUUUUUGAGUCAUGAUGCAAGAAUCUGGGACUGAGACAAAAAGUAACGGUUCAGCCAUUCAGAAUGGAGCGAGCGGUGGCAACCAUUUACUAGAGUGCAGCCUGCGGGAAGUGAGAUCAAACGGCGAGACACCUUCCGUUGAAAUUGGGGCUGCAGAUAUAGCACAUCUUCAGCAACAGCAGGCUCUCCAGGUGGCACGGCAGCUUCUUCUGCAACAGCAGCAGCAGCAGCAGCAACAGCAGCAGCAGCAGCAGCAACAAGUUAGUGGAUUAAAGUCUCCGAAGAGGAAUGACAAACAGCCAGCCCUUCAGGUUCCAGUGUCGGUGGCUAUGAUGACACCUCAAGUGAUCACUCCCCAGCAAAUGCAGCAGAUCCUCCAGCAACAAGUGCUAACUCCCCAGCAACUCCAAGUCCUGCUCCAACAGCAGCAGGCACUCAUGCUUCAACAGCAGCAGCUUCAAGAGUUUUAUAAGAAACAACAGGAACAGUUGCAGCUUCAACUUUUACAGCAACAACAUGCUGGAAAACAGCCUAAAGAGCCCCAGCAGCAGCAAGUGGCCACACAGCAGUUGGCCUUUCAGCAGCAGCUCCUACAGAUGCAGCAGUUGCAGCAGCAGCACCUCCUGUCUUUGCAGCGUCAGGGGCUGCUGACGAUCCAGCCGGGGCAGCCUACUCUGCCUUUGCAACCCCUUGCACAAGGCAUGAUUCCAACAGAACUGCAGCAGCUCUGGAAGGAAGUGACAAGCUCGCACACAGCGGAGGAGGCAGCCAGCAACAACCACAGCAGCCUGGACCUGUCCACCACCUGCGUCUCCUCCUCCGCGCCCUCCAAGACCUCCUUAAUCAUCAACCCACACGCCUCAACUAAUGGACAGCUAUCAGUCCACACUCCUAAACGGGAGAGUUUAUCCCACGAGGAGCACUCACACAGCCAUCCUCUCUACGGACAUGGCGUAUGCAAGUGGCCGGGCUGUGAAGCAGUAUGUGAAGACUUCCAGUCGUUUCUAAAACAUCUCAACAGUGAGCAUGCGCUGGAUGAUAGAAGUACAGCCCAAUGUAGAGUACAAAUGCAGGUUGUACAGCAGUUAGAGCUACAGCUUGCAAAAGAUAAAGAGCGCCUGCAAGCCAUGAUGACACACCUGCAUGUGAAGUCAACUGAACCAAAAGCCACCCCUCAGCCCCUGAAUCUGGUAUCGAGCGUCACGCUUUCCAAGACCGCGUCUGAGGCGUCUCCGCAGAGCUUACCUCAUACUCCCACCACCCCGACUGCGCCCAUCACUCCCGUCACGCAGGGACCGUCGGUCAUCACUACCACGAGCAUGCACAACGUCGGGCCCAUCCGGAGGCGGUACUCGGAUAAAUACAACGUCCCCAUUUCUUCAGCAGAUAUUGCCCAGAACCAAGAGUUUUAUAAGAACGCAGAAGUUAGACCACCAUUCACGUACGCAUCUUUAAUUAGACAGGCCAUCCUGGAAUCUCCCGAAAAACAGCUAACACUAAACGAAAUCUACAACUGGUUCACGCGAAUGUUCGCUUACUUCCGACGCAACGCGGCGACGUGGAAGAAUGCAGUGCGUCAUAAUCUUAGUCUUCACAAGUGUUUUGUGCGAGUAGAAAACGUUAAAGGGGCAGUAUGGACAGUGGAUGAACUAGAGUUCCAAAAACGAAGGCCACAAAAGAUCAGUGGUAACCCUUCUCUUAUUAAAAACAUACAGACCAGCCACACCUACUGCACACCUCUCAAUGCUGCUUUACAGGCUUCAAUGGCUGAGAACAGUAUACCUCUAUACACUACUGCUUCCAUGGGAAAUCCCACUCUGGGCAAUUUAGCCAGUGCGAUGAGGGAAGAGCUCAAUGGUGCAAUGGAGCAUACGAACAGUAACGGGAGUGACAGCAGUCCAGGACGUUCCCCUAUGCAAGCGAUGCACCCUGUGCAUGUCAAAGAAGAACCAUUAGACCCAGAUGAAAAUGAAGGCCCUCUAUCCUUAGUGACAACAGCCAACCACAGUCCAGAUUUUGAUCACGACAGAGAUUAUGAAGAUGAACCUGUAAAUGAGGACAUAGAAUGAGUAUGUCUGACAUCGUUACCCUGAGAAUGAAGAUUGGAAGAACACGUCAAACUUAGCUGUGAAAUCUCUCCAUUAUUGUACAGUCUGGAGGAUUCUCAGUCCACUUUGACAACUAUGAAAUAUGUUAACUCUUAGUGCCAUCAAGUAUCCCAUUUGGGAGUAUUUUUGAUUUUUCUACUUUUUGUUGAAAAAAGGAAUUUGUACUCUGUGCAUUGGAUGGACUUGUUUGGUACUUGGGAUUUUCCUCUCUUACAGUCAACAUCAGUGUUGUAAAUUUGCUAAACUGAUUCACUUGCAUUUAGCAGCCAGCUGUGGACUGCAGGUCCUGCCAAUUUUGGACACUUGAGGACAUCAAACUGAGCAUGUACACCUGAACUGCAGAUCAAGUCUUUGCCCAGAUUUUAAGGAUUCCAAUGGACAACAUAUUUGCACAGUACUGCAUGUUGAUUAUCACUGCCUUUACUCCAUUUUUUUUUGUUUGGUUUUUUUUUUGGUUGGUUUCUUUUUUUUUUUUUUUGCUUCCAUUUGGGAUGGGGAAGGCCUGUGUGUGCACGUGUGUGGGUAUGUGUGUGUGCGUGUGAGCGUGUAUAUCGGGGAGGGGUUCAAAGAAAAAAUUAUCCCAAACUUUUUAAUGUAUUGCUUUUAUUCCCCCGCCCCACUUCUCCUCUACCAUUUUAAGUUCUGACCUCAGGCCUCAUCUGGGCCCAGGGCCUCUCGGAGGCUUCAACGUUUUCUGUACUUUGUGAUGAAUGUUAAUAGGUGUUUUUAUUAUACGAAGCUGAAUGUCAUUGAAUUGUUUGUAGUUUUUUCUGUCAUUCAUUCCAGUUUCCUUCAGAUGCCACCAUGUUUUCUUUAGCUAUGGAAAACAUUCCAUUUCGGUGUCUCCUUUUUUGUUGUUGUUGUUUUUUGAAAAGGUCCCAAAUGCUGCACGAUACAUGUGGAAGGGUUGUCCAACGGAGAGAGAGGAACGAAGUACUGCAAGAAUGAGAAUGAAUGACAGAUGAACAUAGAAACACUGUAGGAAGCAACACAGAUUCAUUCCACAAAGCAGUAUUUUUAAUAUAUUUUUGUUUUGUUUGGGGUUUUUGAUUUCUUUUCCUUUUUUUUUUUUUUUUUUGGCAGCAACGGUGAAUAUUAGCAAAUGCCACAAAAUUGAACAGCACAAAGAAAUAUAUGCAGCACCAACAGAGUUCACUUUUAGUAGAGAAUGAAUAGUACAGUGGCAGGUUCUCGGUUGUUUAACACGAGUUCUUAAUGGGUCAGCAGAUCUUUCUGGAAUAUCUAAGAUUACCGAGAUGGGCACCUAUACAUUUAGUAAUACAAUUCUUUUUUUAAUUUUAUUUUUGCAUUUGCAUUUGCAAAUAGUGGUUGGAAAGAUGACUUCAUUAAAUUGUUACUGUAUGUGGGUGAUGUUUCACGGUUAAACAUCAGUUCAGGAUUGCUUGGUGGCAUUAAUCUGUUUGAAUACAAAUUAGAUUUCAGAUUGAACUUGUUACGGGAGUUAAUAAGGACGGAGCCCCACUAAUGCUAAAGUGUUAAUUUUCAGCUGUGCAAAUCCAGUACUGCAGUUAGGAUUGUUAUGCAAUAUUACACCAGCCAGUAUGGAAACCUCGCCGUAGGAGACGGGAGAGCCAGGAGAGAAUUCGCGCCGGGGCUUGUUAGGCAAAGCUGGCAAAGCUCUGCGAAGCAAACACGACAUACAAAAUCUGUUGCGAUAGGUCAGUAAACCUCGGUCACCAAAAACACCUACACGUUUGCAUUCUGCAACCACUUUUCCGUCACUCAUUUAUUUAUGUAGGAUUGUAGCUUAUUUUUUUUUUAUUAUUAUUUCAAAAAGCCUUUCAGAGCUUAAUUUAUAUUCUUCUUUGAACCUUUUUUUUUUUUUUCCUAAAAUUACCAAAGAUAUUACACAAAGGUAAAUUAUGUUCUCUGUUAUAUGCUUUAUCUUAUGAAGCCAAAUAUCCUCUUAUUGUUGAUCAAAGGAGGUUGAAGAAUUUAGAGGGAAAUGACAAGAUGUGGGCUAUUGCUAACCUGAGAGGGAAACUGCUCCUUUAUUCUAGAAAAUUUAGAAGGCCAAGUAGAUGUCUGAACCAAAGUUGUUACUUUUUAUUUGCAAUUCUUUACAGUGACCAAAAUGAAAGUCUGUAAAGAGGAAUCGAGGAGAGCUUUUGAGGCUAAAACUAGAAAUCAGUGUUACUGGUGGAGCUACGAGAAGGGAGCUGGAGAAAGCAAAGACACAGUUAUUUCACAGAGAAUUAGAAUAUCAGAUAAAGGAGACAGUUUAAUAAAAUACAGAAGAGAACAGAAAAGCUCCCACAAUUUAACUGGACGACAUAUUAGUAUUUCUAGAAUUAAAAGAAAUAAUUUUUUGGUCUUUGGUUCUACAGAUUGUGUGCCACUUCUGUUCCGGGACUGUGCUGGGAUGACUGCUUUAAUUUUGGUUGAUCUUGGCACAUUUGCUCAGUUUUGUUUAAUUUUUGGUCAGCAUUUUUCAUAAGGAAAUAACACUCCUGUCCACUCAUAAGCUUUGGUACAAGAAAUUUUAUUGGCAGUUACUUUUAUAAAACUCAACUCUGCUUUCUGUUUCAAAAAGACAAGUUUAAAAAAAAAAAAAAAAGAAAGAAAAAAAAGGGCAGUCUUUGGUCAUUUGGAAACAUUUUUUUUUUUUUCUUUUUUUUGGUUUAAAUUAUAUCCAGGCAGCUUCGUGACGUGCCGGCGGUAGCCAGACAGGGAUCAUGAGAAUUGAGCCCUGUGCUUCUAAACUGAGUGGUUUGCUGGUUAGUUCGGUAUUCAGAAGGGGGAUAAAAAUCUGGUAGAUUAGUUCAUUCUCAGCAUGUGUAGCUAGACAUGAGUAAAGAUAACAGCAUGAGAAACUGUUAGUACGCAUACCUCAGUCCAAACUGUUAGGGAAUGAGUAAAUAAAAAAUACAUUUCACUCAGUUGCACUUAGUUGUAUGUCUUGCAUGCUUAGUCUAAAGACUGUAGCAAAAACAAAAAAAAUUAAAAAAAGAGAAAAAGAAAUAAAAAAUUAGAGUUUAACAUAUCUGGCAGGUGUCGCAGCCUUGCAGAAGAACCAACUGAAAAUCUCAGGCUUUACAUCAAGCAAACUUCACUAUGAUUUUUACAAUUCUGAUUCUGUAUCCCUUUGGAUAUACAGUUGCUUCUUUAGGGAGGGGUUUAUUAUGUUGUACAUAUAUAUCCCACUGUGUCUGUGUGAGCCUUUGUCUUUUGGGGGGAGGGUGGGGAGGGAGGAAAAGGUGGAAAGGUCCUUUUUUUAGAUAUCAUUCCUCAAAAGGAAUAAAUGCAGACCUGUUUGUCAAAACACCUUUUGCUUUUUGUGCAACUGCUUUAUAUUAACUAUACUAAAAAAAAAUAGCUUUGAAAAAAAAAAACUACUGUAUGUAAUGGAAUUGCAGAAUACGCUGCACAUGUAUUUUAUUUAGUUAUCCUUGCUUUAAGAAUAUUGGAUGACAUUUGCUGACAUGUGGGAGAAAAUCCCUGACUUUUUUUUUUCAGCUUUUAAAUUGUAACAUAGUUGACAGAUUUUUUUUUUUUUUCUCCUGUUAUCAUUGAUCAAAGCAUUUUUGUACAGUUUUUGUGUUUAAGCUGGUUUUUUUGAUACUUUCCCACCCCUUCUGUUAUCUUACCACUGCCUUUUCUGGCUGUCUUAAACAAAGUUCAUAUAUUUGAAAGGAAAAAAAAAAUCGUUUAAAAAAAAAAAAUGUUUUUCUCCUGCUGCAGUAAAUAUUUUGCAUGAUGAAUUCCAGGGUCACACUUUCAAAGUUUAUCAGUGAAGUAGUGAUUAAUAAUGGGGAGUGUCAAACUAUUGAACUUUUUGUAUAAAAAAACAAAAAAAAAACUUUACAAGGUGCCAAGAUGUAAAGACAAUUUGUUACAUGUUUUUUUUCUCAAAGAAAAGCGUACAUUAUGAAAGUAGUACCAUGUAUCAGGUAAAUCGCUGUCAGGAAUGAGAGUCAAAGCCUUCCUUGUCCACAAAAAAAAAAAAAAGUUUGUAAAUGUAAAACCUGUUAGGUUUCUGCAUUCAACUAGAAGUGAAAUUAAAAAAUAAAAUAAAAAUCAAGGCUUAUGUAGAACAAGUGACCACAAAAAAAAAAAAAAGACCUUUUUUUGAUUAUCACUCGCAAGAGUCCCACUGCAGGUCCUGCCCCUCCCCUCCCCUGGAGCUCAGCUUCAGGGAGACACCAGGGCAGGGAUGCUGGUUCUACAAAUAUUGCAGAUCAUUAGAUAUUUUAUAUAUAUACAUACAUAAAUAUAUAUAUAUAUAAAGUUUUUUAAAAUAAUUUUGAACUAUUGUAGUUUUCAGAUCGCCAAUAAUCUCACGUUCAUUAUAGCAUGGAAAAAGAAAAAACCAAACGUGUUUAAACUCUUUUGAAAUCCUUUGGUACCUUUGGUUAAUGAACUCAGAGUGAUUUUUUUAGAUGUUUCAGAAGUCAUUUAGUAUUCUAGUCUUGCGAGGUGAAUUUGCAGUUCAGGACUGCAUUUUAAUGGGCCCAGAACAGGCAACCAAGUAUCUCCUACCCAUAAGCCUUGAUGAAAAUGGUACAGUCCAGACUGUUAGCAUGGUGCUUCGUGUGUAUGUGCUGCCAGUAACAAGAUUUUUUUUUUUUUUUUGAUAAGGCAUAAAAGAAACUCAUUCCUUACAUCAACUGUAAUUCCAUCAUUCCAUGUCUGUUGAUACAGACAAUAAAAAAUGUUGUGUAGUCAGUACUAAUUACUGACAUUAUAGCAUUCUCAAAUGCAAUAAAAAUGCUGGUUGUUCACACUGGUAA